AUGUCCAUCGUAUUUCAUUCUCUAGAAACUCAACCUUCGCCGCAUCACGAAAAUAUCGUGGAAAGGCUAUUUGAGCAUCACAGUCAUCACCACGAGAAUGAUGAACAGAAGAAAGACCAAUCCGAAUCGCAACCCAAGGCUCCACAUGAAGAAAGCGAGAAGGAGAAGUACAUGCAUUGGUAUCAUGACGAGGAAAAAGAGGAAGCAGAGGGAGAAACAUAUGGUGGUUUAAUGUAA